AUGUCUGAAAAAGAAGGUGGAGCGCCAAGGGGUGAUAGACUCAUUGAUUCUUUUAGGGAGGCUAUGGAUAAUUGUGAUAUCAGAGAUUUGGGGUUCAAGGGAAGUGUGUUCACAUGGGAAAGGGGAAAUUCCAUUACUACAUUCGUUCGUGAAAGGCUGGAUAGAUUUGUGGUUGAUGAUGAGUGGUGUAAUCUUUUCCUGGAUUUUAAAGUCUGUAAUAUGCCGAUUUUCAAAUCAAAUUCCGACCAUGCUCAAAUAAUACUGUCAACUGAGAAGAUAAAUGAUAGACACAGCAGUGGCUCAACUUUCAAAUUUAAGUCCUUAUGGUUGUCGCGUGAGGAAUAUAGUGAAGUUGUGGCAAAAGGUUGGGAGGAUAGUUUUGGGUUAGAUAUGGGGAGAAGAAUGGCAGUAUGUGGUGAUAAACUUGCUUCAUGGGCGGCUCUUACUUUUGGCUCCGUGAAGAAGCGAAUUAAGGAGGGGGAGGAAAAAAAUGCGUGA